AUGAAGUCCAACAUGAAUCUUAAGAUAUUGAAGUUAGCAGCGGUAGAGAUACUAGCACAGAGUGGAUUUGACAGGACGACUGACCAAGCACUCAAUGUGCUUGCCGAUGUGAUGAGGCUUUACAUCGAGCAGCUUGGACAUCGAAUGAAGCAAAGCCACGAGAAGGGUGUUGUUGCUGAGUUGAUGUAUGGGAUUGUUGUUGACGAGCUGUAUGAGGAAAGUGAGUACCAUACAGCAGAGCUUCUUUCGUUUCUGCGCUAUCAGAUUACGAUCAAGAAUUACCUCAGCGAUAGAUACAAUGUGGGGAGCGAGGAGUCGAUUCUGCAUGUGCUGAGGGUUCUUCCGAAGAAUUCACAGCUUCGGAUGCUUAUGAGAAGCGGGGGGAGCUUGAGCGAGAUUAACAAGGUGGAGAGAGAUGCUCUUGAGGAGGACCUGAGCAUUGAUGAGUUCACUAAAGUGUUUAUAGAGUCGAGCCUAAAAGAAAAUAGUAAAAAGGAAGAUGAAGAAUAUAAAUUUCAACUUGUUAGUUUUAUUGGAGAAGAGGAGGGAACGAAGAAGAUUCGAAUAAGCGAUGGGGAGUUUAACGGAAUGCUGGAGGGAAGAAAGGAAAGACAUGAGCUUUUUAAACAGCCUGUGACUUUUGCAAGUGACUUUUGUGGAUGGAAAGACCGGCAUGUUUUCAAGGAGUAUGAAUAA